AUGAAGCAAGUGAAUAGUCCCCGACAACUGCGGCGUUGCUUGUACUGGCUGCAGAUGCUUGCCUUGCUAUUGGUAGUGCUGGCGGUGCCCAGAGCAGUCGCCUUUGCGCCACAAACGUUUAGGCCCUUGAGCCAAUCGGGCAAGAAUUGGCGUGUCACCACCAUUGUUCAACUUCAUCCUCCAACGAGCGCCCUCUUUUUCAUGACGGGUGGCUUGAGUGAUGACACCAUGGUAGCCUUUCUACCAAUGCACGAUAUCUCCUAUGCCCUCCAGACUUGGUUCCACGAAAUUUCCUUGCCAAGGUGGAUGCCAUCAAUUGGUUGGCUGACCCACGCCGUCGGCAUUUGCUACGGUAGUUUAGGCGUGGCUUUGUGGCGAUUGGCCAGUCUCUCUUCGGUCCCCUACCUGAUACUCCCCAUGACGUGGAUAUGGCACUCCAUGCUGACGCUGGUCGCCACCGAAUUGGUGUUUGGUAUGCAACGUUUGCGUGCCGGAUUGCUGGUGAGCUUUUUGUUGCUUUCUAGUAUAAUUCCCAUUUUGUGGGCUGUGGCCUUGUUGGACCAGCUGGCAUUCUUGGCACUGCUACCCUACGCGGCAUGGUUGGUUUUGGCCACGGCGUUGCUGCAGCAAAUAUGCCAUCUCAAUCCUACCGAUGAACAUGGAUACAACAAUGCCAUGCUGCAAGCAGGGAUUGCCCAACUGCAAUUACGAGCUGCCAAACGAGUGGGUUUGAUGUAA